GGAGAGUCUUAAAGUCGUUAUAGACUCACUACAGCUUAGUGCGGCUCACACACUCACAUAUACAGACACACAGACUCUACUCCCAUUGUGGAACGACAGACGCAGACACAAACAUUAUCAGUCGGCAGACGCAGACAGACUCAGAUAACACACACACACACACACACACACACACACACACACACACACACACACACACACACACACACACACACACACACACACAAAGAGCAGUGAGGAUGAAAUCUUCAGCAGAGCGCUCAGUGUGUUACAGUGCAUAACAGAUGCGUUUUCGCGCCAUGGUGUAGUGUUUCUCUCGGCUAUGCCGCAGUGCAUCAGAGACAGUGAACAUGGAGACACCGAAAACUUCCAGAGCUAACACCACUCCUCUGACCACGCCCACCAGGAUGCAUGUGAUCCAGGUGGACUCAGUGCAGCGUUGGAUGGAGGAUCUGCGUCACAUGACUGAGGUGGAGUGUAUGUGUGUGCUGCAGUCCAAGCCACUGGGCGUGGAUGAGGACACUGCAGGUGAGCUCAUCAUCCCGGGGGUGGGCGUGGCCAAUGAUCAUGUGACACGAGACAACCUGCAGACUCUCCUGAAGAGGGCGCUGGUUGUCAGCACUGAGCUGGGCAAGAUGUUCCAGCGUCUAGAAAAAGGACGAUGGCAGCGUGUACAUGGAACCGCCGUCAGAGCCAACUGCCAUGUUCGCUCACUGGUGCACGAGUGCAGUGCCCACAGAACCAACAACACACACAUGCAGAAGUAUGAAGCCACUCUGCUGGAGAAGUGUAUGGAGCUCACUGUUAUCACUGAGAGGUGUCUCCACACAGAUGAUGAAUACUUCCUCAAGUCCAUGAAGGAGGCCAUUCACGAGAUCCUUACAGAUGUCAGUGAUUCAUUCAGCCAAAUGAUUGACAUGGCAUUAGCCAAUGAAAUACAAGUCCUGAUCAGGCAGGUUGAGGAGUCAGAUGAUAUUUUCCUGAUGGAGAAUGCGAUCAGUAACCUGCUGUCGCUCACUCAGGAUGGUCCUCAGCUCUGCAGCAUCAUCGCCAAAGAAGGUGCAGUCAUAGCUCUGUUGAAGAUCUGUAGGCAGGACUGUUUCAGCUCUUUAUACGCUCCUGCACUCAGGACUGUCGCCUCCAUCUGCUGUGUGGAGGAAGGAAUCAACCAACUGGAGAAAGUGGAUGGUGUAUUGUGUCUUGCUGAUAUUCUGACUGAUGAAGGUUGUACAGAAGCAGCUCGAGCUGAAGCAGCUGCUGUUGUGGCUCAGAUCACAUCUCCACAUCACUCCAACACACACCAUCUGUCCAGCUUCAUUGAGAGCAUGCAGGACAUCGUCUCCGCCCUCAUCAAGCUGUGUGAGACUGCAUCAUGUGGUGAAGUGUUCCUCUUAGCCUCAGCUGCACUGGCGAACAUCACUUUCUUUGACAGUUUGGCUUGUGAGAUCCUGCUGCAGCUGAAUGCAGUGCACAUCCUCCUCCAGGCCUGCAGGGACCGCCAGCGAGUCGACACACCUUACUCUAAAGACCAGGUUGUAACCAUUUUGGCCAAUUUGUCUGUUUUGGAACAAACAGCAUCGGAGGUGUUACAGGAGGACGGAUUGGAGCGUCUGCUUGUGCUGCUCGGAGAGAAACCGACCUCCUCCAGUCCAUCGGAGGGCGCUGCAUGUGAGCGAGUGCAGCAGAAAGCUGCAGUAACACUUGCACGGUUAAGCCGAGAUCAAGACGUCGCUCAGGCUGCGAUCGAGCUGCGAGCUGUGCCACGUCUCAUCGAGCUGUGUCGGUCUCCAGCUGAGAGAAACAGCAGUGACUCUGUUCUGGUGGCCUGUCUGGCUGCUCUAAGGCGAUUGGCUGCUGGAUGUUCUGACAUUAUUGACCCAGUGGAUCAUCAGCAGCUCAUUAAGCCGCGACUCGUCGACUCUUUCCUGCUCUGUUCCAACAUGGAGGAGAGUUUUGUCUAAAGCUGCUUCCAGCUUGCACACACACACACACACACACACACACACACACACACACACACACACACACACACUAUGCUGGUUUAGUACAGUAGCUACAGUGCUAAUGCUGUGUUUAUGUCUUUUAUGCCAGUAAACGAACAGAACCACACAACACUCGAUCAUGAAGCAACAGUCCAACUAGAACUGAACCAAAAGGACACUAAACAGAAUCCGAACCAGAAACAGAAUUUGUAACAGAUAUAAAUCAACCCAAAACAAGAUGAAUGAGUGAAGCCUGUGCUGGAACCCCAUGGUUUUGUAUAAGAAACGUGUGUUAAUGAGUGUAAACACCACUGAAAUGUUCCUGUGCUAGAACCCUGUGAUCUGAGACUAGAAUCCAGGAAAUGGGAUUUACUAUUGAGUUUCUAUUUAAUUCAAUUUAAUUGAAUUUAAUUAAGAAAAGACUUUUUUACACACAAUUUGUAACAUGUCUAACAUUAAUACAUGUUCAUAAAGUUGAUAUAUUAAAGAGAUUUUAGAGAAAUACA